GCCGCUGGUCAGGGGCAGCGCCGAGUGGGUAGAGCACAAGAAGUAUGUGAAGCGGUCGUACUACCAGAGACAGGGCGGCACCCUCAGCGAGUACAGGGCGCGCCCAAAGACCACCGAGUGGCGCUGUCCAAUCUGCCCAGAUUGGCGCACGUCGGCGAAAACGCCGAAUAUGCUGUAUUACAGGCGGAACAGGCACGUGGACCGGGAACACCCGGACAAGCCGCGCAGCUUCUUCAUCAAGAAGAACGGGACGCUGCCCACCCUCAAGGCCCUGAGCGACGAGGAGUGGCGUGAAGCCUUGCAGCUCCCCAUGGGGCCGCUGCCGAAGAUGGCGUGGGCGUGCCAGGACUGCGGAAAGAGCCUCCCCUUCCAGAGCGACAACUCUCGGUCCAUCAUCGACAAGGCUCGGCGCGCCCACCGGGAGGCGGAGCAUGGGGUGAAGUGGCAAACCGCGACAGAGUGGAGAAGGAGGCAACGGGCGGCUGGCAGGAGCUACCUGCCCAACGGCUCCCUGACGCAGAAAACUGGUGGUGCGCCGGGCGGUGUAACCGCGCGACGCCCCGUCUGGACUGUCAACGUUGGCUCCGACACUGGACUUUGGAAGGCCGCCCGGCUGGCAGCUGAGCGGAAUGUGGAGGUAGCGCGCUUCCAGGAAGCCUCACUGUCUGAGAAAGACUCCAAGAGCUUCAGGAAAUCCAUGUUCAAGCACGGCUACAGGGCGCACCACCAGGGUGGCAAUGUGGCGGAGGGCGCCACGCGGCAGAUCCACGGCGUAGUGACCAUUGUCAGCAGGAAGCUUCGCCCCCAACAAUUGUGGGGCCGGGGAGGGCCCGAAGGGCAGAUCCUGGCGACGGUUGUGGAGGGCGUGGUGGUGUUCAACACGUACGUGGUCCCCGGCGUCGACGAGGGGGCCAUCAUGAGGGAAAUCAGUAACGUUGUGCAGGUCGACAGGCUGACGUCCUGGAUGGCCAUCGGGGAUUGGAACCAGUUGCCAACGCAGGUGCUGGCCCCGCGCGCCUGGUGCUGCAUUGAAGCGGUCAAGGAUAAGAGCGGCGACUACCUCCCUACACGCUGGAGGGGCCACCGGUGCAUCGACUACGGGGUGAGCUGGGCCAUGACAGUCGCGGGCCACGAGCUGAUCGAGGACGCGAUCAGCGACCACAUCGUCGUGCAGAUGCUUGUCGACUUCCGCAUGGAGGGCGAGGAGGUCGAGGAGUGGUGCUUGGCGAAGCACCGCGGGGUCGCCAUGCCGCCGGCCUCGAGCAAGGAAGAGCGGGUGGACAUCACGAGCAAGCUGUGGGACAACACGCAAGGUUAUUACCACGUGCAAAGCGGCAUGAAUGCGGCCGCAGAUGGCGUCGAACCAAGGUCUUGCGAGGCCCGCCGCCUGGUUGACCAGAAGUGGGCGGAACUCAGCCACGCCAUGGAGACCUGCAUGGCCCAAGCUCGUGCCAUGCUCACAGACACAGAGUGGGAUUGCGCCGCUGAGGACCCGGAGAGAGCCGGUUCGGACGGUUGCAAAAAACUAAAGAAAAACAAGGUCCGGCUCGAGCGGGUGCGGCACGGACGCGCCGCGAGCUGCCUGGAAGCCACCUUCCGGGAGCGCCAGCUCGCCAACGCCCUCGUUCGGCUACGGCGCCUCGGCUACCUGCAACAGCGCGGCGCCGGCAGGGAGGCAGAGGCAAGGCGACUCCGAGAGAGGGCGAAGCGGUACCUCGAGCAGACCGGGGACACCGCCUUGGCUCAGAUCCACGCUGUGCAGGACAAAAUCGUGGAGCUCGAGGGCCUGCUGCGCUCUGAGAGGGACCGGGCCAAGGAGCAGAGGCUCGCGAGGUGGCGGGAAAGCCUCAGGACAUCCCGCCGGAAGGCCCACAGCUGGCUCCGGGGGCACAUCCCGCCAGACACCAUGAUCUACGAGCAGGACAGGGAGGAGGCGCCGGCGCAGUCCAUGCCGGACACGCUCGGAUUUCUGAUCAGCCGCUGGCGCAAGGUGUGGGGCCGGGAGCUGCCUCCCGAAGCGGCAUGGCGAGCCAAGGUGGCGGAGUGGGGCCCGCGGCGCCAGGAGGAGGUGCGGGCGCCGCUCGAGCAGGAAGACGCGCGGACUGCACAGGACAAGAUCCGUGGAAGCAGCGCAGGCCCUGACGGGUGGACCGGCGAGGGGGUGGCGGACGCGAUCUUUGCCACAGGGGCUGUCGCUGAGUUCUUCAAUCUCUGCGAGACAGUGGCCGCCCUCCCAUCUGGGUGGCAGAGAGUGCGCCAAGCGCAUUUGCUCAAAGAAGGCGCGGCCGAGGGCAAGGCGGUCAUGCCGAAGGCCAUCGUGGCGACGCUGACCCAGCAAUGGGAAAACCAGGAGCGCUACAUGCAACUCGCCGGGAUCACGCACCCGCAGGACCUCCUGGCCGCGGCGCAGCUUUGGCGAGCCUGGAGCGCUGCUCUGGGGUUCAAGGGGAACGCCCUGAAGGAGCAGUGGAGCCACCGAGACCCUGCUGGCCGCCGGAAUCUUCAGAAGCAUGUCUCGCCAGACACCGUGGCGGACAAGCUGGAGGUGUUGGGCGCGAAGAUCACGGGAGGGAAAAGGAGGAAGAAGUGCCGCAAGGAGGUAAAGAGGCUCGACAAGGCCUCCCAGCAGACGGCCAAGGCAGCACUUCUGCCACUCCCGCCGAGAGAAAGGAAGCAGGCGGUGGAAGCCGGGCCUCUCGCUUCUGCUCAGUACGGCUGGGUUUGCGACGCGCCGAACAUCCAGACCACCAAUCAGAUUCAAAGCCGCGAGCACAGAGCUAUCGAUUUUCCGAUUCACGCGCCGCGGCCCUUGAAGUUGUUGAUUUUGGGACAUCGCUCUGACGUGCGGUACGGGCGCCAGCGCGAGACCAUUCUUGGAGUUGUUCGCGCCAUUGAUAAGGGCCUGGCAGGGAACGACACCACAGGGGAGCUGCCGUGGAAGGAGACCACGGGCUGGUCAGGCAUCCUGAGAAAGCACUUGGCGUGGACAGGCUGGCGGUGCGUGGACGAGUGGGUGUGGAACCACCAGGGAACAGAGAAGACCAUCACGCUCCGGCGAGACCACCCUGAGUGGCGAGAGCCGGGACAGGUGGCGCACCUGCUUCGGGAAGCCUGGCGUUUCUCCAACUUCCAGGAGCUCAUGAAAGGGAGCCGGCGGGCUACGGUGGCGUGCGACGACGCCGAGUACGAUCCGCGCAGGUACAAGCGCAUGCUCAAGCUUGUGGAAGAGAUGCCAGCAGCUGCGAGAGUCUUCGCCGGCGCGGUGGUGAGCCCAGCACACUACCACAGGGGCGACCUGGUUCUCGGCCGGUGUCCGCGGUGCACUGUCGAGAUGGGCACCUGGGAACACGUAGCCUGGAAGUACGGGAGCAGCCGCUUCCGGCACCGUCCGCGCCAGCGACCCCAUGAUGGUUUGCAACGCCGGCUUCUGUGGCCGACGGCGUUGGGCGACAGGAAAGAGGUCGACCGGCAGCUCGUGGAGUGGUCUGUUUUCGUCGACCGCGUCAUCAGGGACCACAG